UGUCGCCGCCUGACUGUCGCCUUUCCCGGCCUGGCCUUUUCCCUACUAGCCGCCACCCACGCUCAUUUCCUCUCCUUUCUCUUUACCUGUCUCGUUCCUUUUCCUUAACCGGGGUGAUUCAAGGGCUGCUGGUUUUGUUUUUCUCUCUCUUCUUCUCCGUCUGUCAUUUUCUCGUUUCUUUUCUUCGUCUCCACCGACGGCCCGGGCAGAUCGACCAUUGUUUACUGCCCCCGACAGACAAACUUCCGAUCGGCACUCUGAGAGCCAGAGUGAGCAGGCGCUGGAGGAUGUCGCGGAGGACUUGAGGCGGAACACCCUCCCCUCCGCUUCAGGCCUUCGUAACUCCCCAUAAUUCCCUUGCGUAGGGCCUUCGAGUCCGGCGCAGACCCAGGAAACCGCACACGCCCGAACGCUCCCCAGAACCUCGUGCCCGCCAUGUCGUCGCUCGAGGCCAAGAUCGUGGUGGUCGGCUCCCAGGGAGUGGGCAAGACAUCGCUGGUCAUGCGAUACUGCAAAGGGUCCUUCAACCCGGCAAAGGUCACGUCGACGGUCGGCGCAAGUUUCCUGGCCAAGCGCGUCGUGGACAGCGACACAGACACAGUCGUGCGACUGCAAAUAUGGGACACGGCCGGCCAAGAGCGCUUCCGAUCGAUAUCGAAACUCUACUACCGCGGCGCCAACGCGUGCAUCCUGUGCUACAGCAUAACGGACGCGCAGUCGUUCGCCGAGAUGGGCCUCUGGCUCAAGGAGCUCCGGCGGAACCUGCCGUCCGACAUCGUCCUGCACGUCGUGGGCACAAAGGCCGACGUCGUGGCGCGCGACCCGGCGCGGCGCGAGGUGCCGUUCGAGCGCUGCAUCGCCUACGUCGCCGAGAACCUGGCCCCGGGCCAGAGCAGCACCCCGCCCGCGACCGCGACCCCGCUCGGCGACGGCCUGCACCACCACUACCAUCCGGGCGGCGGCGGCGGCAGCAGCAGCGGGGGGCCCUCGACCUCGUUCAUGACGCCCCCGCUCCUACCCAGCGCCGAGCCGCGCAGCCCGAGCUCCAAGCGCAGCAGCGGCUUCUGGGGCAUGGAGGUCGGUUGGGACGCCUGCCACGAGAUAUCGGCCGAGAGCGGCGAGGGCGUCGAGGAGGUCUUCCGCGUCGUCACGCGCAAGCUGGUCGAGCAGAACCGCAAGAUGCAGCAGGCCCUGCUGGCCGCCGCCGCCACGCCCGGCAUCGCCAUCGGCGGUGGCGGCGGCGGCGGGUACGGGGCCGACGGCUCCCACGGCUCCCUGAUGCCCGGCGGCCACCACGGCGGCGGCGGCGGCUUCGACGAGUCCGCCGCGGCGGGCUACUUCGACGCCAACCCGCGCGGCAGCCUGCGCCUCAGCGGCAGGGACCGCAGGAGCUGGCUCUUCUCCCCCGGCAUCCCCGGCAUCUCCCCGGCCAUACCCGUGGACCAGGCCGCCGCGUCCUCGCGCAGCGGCGAGCAGGGCGGCGAGGACGCCGUCGCAGGGCGCCGGGGCUGCUGCUGAGCAGACCUGUCGUCGCGUCAGCUCGGCCGGCCUGCUUUUCUCCGCUCAAAAGACAAUAUGCUCAUCUUGCUUCUGCCUCCAAUAUCCUGAUAACCUCUCCAUCCCACAUCGGCCCGCUCAUAUCCGCUUUGCGGUCGCGCUAGCGCGAGCGAGUUUCGAAGCGACUGUGACGACACGAUGCCCGGGGCCAGGCAUGAAUGGCAUCGGGAAUGGGGGUUGGCUCUCGGCUAAAGCGGCCAUUACUCCCACACUCCCACCUACUCUCCUCUCUCACACUCAUAUGUAUCUCUUCCUAGCCCGUUGGAUUUUCUUCGGACUCAUGUUUAUUUGCAUCCUCCCCCUCGCGCUGGUUUUCUUGAACUCUAUCCACGCAACAAGUUCAUUGUUUUUGAUUCCAGGUUUUUUUUUUUUCUCCCGAUCGUCUAUUGGGCGCGGCACUUUGGUAACGGCAUUUAUCCAGGCGAAGGGUAAAGGAAAGUCAAAGCAGGCAUUUUGAAGGGCAAAGGGAGCGUUUCUUUAAUAUUUAUAAGUCAACUCUUCAUCCACUCAACCUUUUGGGUUCACAAAACCUCUCCA